AUGUGUUUUUGUCAAAAAAUUUUAGUGUCAAUAAUUUGUAUAAACUUAUUAUGUUUGGAAACAAAUCUUUGCGCAAAAAACAUUAGCAAAUUACCAAUUGGAGAUUAUUCAGGAAAUUAUAGUUAUUUAAUAACCGGUGGUUAUCGUCCUAAGAAAGAUAAUUUAAGCAAAUAUGUUGUCUCCAUACGCGGAAGCAAAUAUAAACGAUAUUUUGGUGAUGAUCACAACUGUGGCGGCUCCAUAAUCUCACCCAAAAUUAUUCUUACCGCAGCCCAUUGUGUUUGUAGGGGCAGAAGCCGAUUGCGAUUGAAGCCGUCAGAUUUAUCGGUCGUUGCUGGAACACCGAGGCGUUUAGUAGCCACUGAAACAACACAAGUAUUAAAAGUAGAAAAAAUCAUUAGACACGACUAUUACAAGCCUAAAUCUUUUCGAAAUGACAUUGGUUUAUUACGGUUGGUAAAAAAUAUACACAUAGAUGGUGUUUCAACACAGAGGAUAGGUCUGCAAACCAACAUAUUACCUCCACAUACACAAUGCACAGUGGUUGGAUGGGGUCGAGUUUUUUUCAGAGGACCAAUGCCAGAUUUAAUAUUACAUGUUGAUGUCUAUAUUUUGCCAAGCGACUAUUGUAAUUCUAAAACUGAUAACUUUGCUUUUGGCAUGAUGUGUGCUGGCGAUGAGAAUGAUUAUGAGAGAGAUGCGUGCAGUGGUGAUUCUGGUGGGCCGCUGAUAUGUGAUGAAAAGGUAACGGGUAUUGUAUCAUUUGGUUAUGGCUGUGGUGAACCCGGUUACCCUGGAUAUUAUACUAAUGUGACUUCAUAUAUUGAUUGGAUUCGCAAGAAUGGAUUCAGUCAAUUAAAACCCGAAAACUUAAUUUUGCUAAUUGUGUUGCAAAUUUGCAUAGUCAAAGGUGUAUGAAUAAAGAAUUAUCCAAAUGA